AUGCUGUACGACAAGCAUCCGAACAAUCCAGCCAAUUUACAAGCGAGAAUUAAGGAGGAAAAGCGAUUGGCAUAUUUUGAAAAUUAUGUCCGGGAUAAGCAAAUUACUACAAAGAGAGUGGAUUUCUGGGAUCGGAAUCCUCCUCAAUAUUCAUUGACGAGACUACAAAUGAAACGAUAUCCUGUGGUAACAAAGAGGGAGGAAUACAACCAACAUGUGGAUCAAAGACGACUCAAGUUGGUGGAAUUGUACAAUAUUGAAAAACAACAAUAUCAAUUAGAAUUAUUGAACAAUGCUCAUAUUCUGAAAAAGCGCUAA